AUGGCGAAGGACAAAAGCCGCGCUUGUAUCUUUGGAGGGAAGAAAAUCAUUGCUUUGUAUGCUCUGGGAAUCCUCUUUGCUUUUGCUGGCAUCCUUAUGUACCCGCUGAUGGACAAAUAUAUUCAAAAGAAGGUCAAUGAAAGUUUGGUUCUCAAACCUGACUCCGUUGGCUUCAAACAAUGGAAGGACCCUUCCGUACCUAUCUACCUGCAGUUUUUUAUGUUCGAUGUAGUGAAUCCUAUGGAAGUCAAGAAAGGUGCUAAACCAUUUGUAGCUCAAAUAGGGCCUUUUUCUUAUAAAGAACUCAGGCCGAAGAAAAACAUCACUUGGGAUUCUAACAAGGCUUCAGUUAGGUACAACGAGGAGAUGGCAUUUGUGUUCGACCCUGAAACUUCUUGUGAAUCCUGCGAUCCUAACACUGCAGAGAUAACAACGGUGAAUAUACCUUUGGUCACGUUGGCCGAAGCAGCCAGGAAUUUGCCAUCUGCUGUGCUAGUUUUAAUUUCUACAGUCUUUGACAAUUUUAAGGAAAAGUUAUUUAUGAAGAGACGGGUACAUGAUUUACUAUGGGGCUAUAAUGACUCAUUGUUUUUGGAAUACAACAAAAAACGAAAUGAGAUACCCAUGGAGUUUCGCCAUUUUUUGCCUGAAAUAAGCCCUCUUAUUGCCCUUCAGAAGAAUAACACUUUUGAGGGUGUCACUGGUGUGCACACUGGAGAAAAAGAUAUCACCAAGCUUGUGCAAUGGAUGGAUUGGAAAGGACUGACAAAACUCAAGGUUUGGAAUUCAACUUAUGCAAAUAUGAUCAAUGGUACUGAUGGUUCUCAAUUUGCACCGGAAACAAGUAAAGAUGACACACUUUAUGUGUUCGUCACGCAGCUGUGCCGUUCACUGUACCUAACUUACAGUGGUAAGAACAAAGUUCGAGGAAUAGAUGUCAUUCAGUUCAGCGUUCCACCUAAGGCAUUUCUGAAUGCUUCCCUUAAUCCUGAUAACCAAGGAUUUUGCACUACAAAGUGCUUUCCUUCUGGAAUAUUAGACAUAAGUGUAUGCCAGCCACCGUCUCCGAUAAAGAUACCCCUCUUUAUCUCAUCUCCACAUUUCUACUUGGGUGACUCUUCCCUCGUCCAAGCAGUGGAAGGUCUUUCUCCCAAUAGAGAAGAGCAUGGGACAUUUCUUAAUAUAGAGCCACAUACUGGGAUAUCAGUGAAAAGCAGCAAGCGAUUGCAGAUCAAUACAAAGGUAGAGGCAGUUGAAUGGAUUUCGCAGACCAGUGGAAUUAACACAAUGUUUUUUCCUAUUAUGUUCAUUAAUGAAACAGCAACACUCGACAGUGCCUCAGCAAAGAAGCUUAAAAGUGAAGUAUUAGAGAAAUUCACCAUUUUUCAUGGAAUUGAACUUGGACUUGUUAUUCUUGGAGCUCUGCUCAUUGUGAUUGCCUCCGUCAUGUUGACUGCUCGCAUUGUGCGAAAUAGAAGUAGUAAGAAGGUGAAGCGCAUGUUGCGAGUUAAUGCUGAGCCAACCGAAACAAGUCCCCUUUUGUCAGAGAGUGAGUGACAAGUGAUGACUUGAGUCUUUCAAGGCAUUUUCAAGAAGCUAAACUUUUUUGUUCAACUUCUAAAGAUGUAGAAUUUGUCUGCAGGCCCUUUGGUAGACCUGCCACAGACAAAUUAAGACCUACCAGUAGCUAUUUUGCUCUGGAAGCUAAGGCUUAUAAUAUUACUGUCUUAAUUCUGAAGGGCUGCUGUGUCAUGAAAAUUUUUAGGGGGAGUUAUCUUGAAAAAGAAAUAACAAUAUGUAGCCCUCUUAGUGGUUUUUAAACCUAUCCCAUGGAGUAUGGGAUAGGUUUUCAAAACUAUUGUAAUCUCAAAACACUUUGAGCUAAUGAUCAGCCUCACAGGCCUAUUGUUUUGAGUGGUUGUUUUGAAGUUUAACUUUCUUUACUUUAAGUAUCCAAAUGACUAUAUUUAAUUUGAGGGCAGUUGCAAUGGUGCCCAAGAUUUAAGCUUAAAAAUGUAGAACACCGCUUUAUUAUCGUAUACCAUAAACUGCCUCAUAUAAGCACCCCCACCUUAGCGCCCUUGGUUACAGGGCCAUCUACAUUUAAAAAAAUACAUCUGAAAAUAAGCCCUCCAAAUAUAUUGAAAUGAAUUUUUGAUUUGUCAUGACUUUUUGGCCCUUGAAAAAAGUAAAAAUUAAUGCAAACAUAGCUUGUUUCAUUGCAAAAAUCGUUGAGGAGCUUUCUCUUUUCCGAAUAUAAGUCCACUCGGAUAUAUAAGCUCCUCCUAUUAUAAGUCCUUCUACUUCUAAAACCCGUUAUGAAGAUGUAUAAGCCCAGAGCUUACACAUUAAGUGGCAGUUUUUGGCAGUUAAUGUAUUCAGCUUGUGUAAAAUUUAUCACAUGACAUGUAAAAUAAAACCUCUCAAAAAGUCUCAUGAGCAGUGGAACAAUAAAAUAUUGUAAAAACUAGGACAGCAGAGGUGAAAUAAGUAAAGAAUGUAACUCAAUAUUGUUGGCUGCUCGCUAAGACUCACUUUGCUGGGUAUAUAACAAAUCUCCUAAUGACUAAAAUAUCAUGACUUUUUGAAUGAAUCAUAUUGACUACAACACAAUAUUAUUAUUAAAGAAUUAAUAAUAAUUGUUUCGUAUAAAUUUCAUUACUAGUUAAUAAUAAAUUAUUCAUUAUCAGAAAGUUACCAGAGUUGAAUCAACUUAAAGUGUAACUGAUAAUUUUCAAAUGCAAAUGAUUGUUAUCAUUUUGUUUUAUUUUACACACAUUUGAUAAAUAAAUAGACCAAAAUGUGUAACAAAGGAAAUGCCUGCUUGGGGAUUUAAUAUUUUGACAGCUGUCAUACCCAUUUAAAAUGUAUUGACCUUAAAAUGGGUUCACAUCAGAAGUUGAUGAAUUAAAAUAGACAAAUAUCCAAGAUAAUAAUUCAUUUACUUUUACCAUCAGUGCGCUUGCCAGUGGUGAAAUCACUUGCCUCCCUCCAAUCUGCCAAUGCAUAUGUGGCUCAAGUUCGCUGUUGGUUCUCUCCUUUGUUUUUCUCGUACUGUUUCCUCAAAAACUAACAUUUCCAAAUUCCAAGUCUGAAUAGGAAUGGUAGAUGGUGUACCACUCUAUGAUGUGGAUGUGUUCCAUCUAAAUCAUCAUCAUUAUUAUUAUUAUCAUUAUCAUUUAUACUAGAAGUGAUCCUGGAUCAAGGAGACACCUGCAUUUGACAAGUCCAGGUAUGGUAACCCGUGGGGUCUUUCAGGUGUAAAAUGCCCUUGUUGAAAAGCAAGAAGAGUGUGAGUGGGCGUGAGAUGGUUGGUGGGGGUGGGUGGGGGUGAGGUGAAAUCAGAACUAAGGUCCAUUCCCAGGGUCCUCCCCUGUCUGUGUAGCUAGCGGGAGUGUUUUGUUCGGGGUAUUUCACUCACCCUAAAAACCCAUCAGUCUCGUAGGCUAGGUUUGCACUAGUAGGAGAGAACCCUGGGAGUGAGUUAGGAUGAUGAUCAAAAUUGGCAUUCCCAACAGUUUUCUACAUCCCCUCUACCUAGGACACUAUGAGGAUGUGUUUUCCUCUUUUCGAAACACCACAAUAUAGCAUAUGGCCUGAUAGUAAUAAGAAUAAGACUACUUUGAAAAAAAAAAUUACCUUAAACCUAUUGCGUAAUUUACUAUAUGUAGUCCCCGGGGGGGGUACUCCCUUAUAAGGGCUUAAUGGGGACGUGCGGCCAGCCAGGGUAUGUUUUUUGAUUUUUGUCUUAAACAGGGUAUCGAAUUUAUCAUUUUUUGUCUUAAUCAGGGUAUUGAUUUAUCAAUUUUUGUCUUAAACAGGAUAAAUGUCUUAAACAGGGUAUCAAAAAUUGGAAUUCGGUCUUAAACAGGGUACGAAAAUCAGCUAUAUUUGUCUUAAACAGGGUCAGGGUAUGAGGGGCCGCGCAGCACCUCCCCACCCAGGAAUAUAUCGAGUAACCCCGCCUCCGGGAUGUAGUGCAAGAAACUGGGCUGGAGACAUCGAGAUCUAGAUCAGACAAGCUAAAAUAGAGCUUUUAGACCAUGAUUCCUGUUCUGGUCUGAAAAGAACUUUUGGCCUUCGAGACUAACGUUACCCGUAAGAUCUGUAAAAGAAUUUUUUUAAAAUCUGUGCAAAUUCAAAGAAAUACUUGCCGAUACAACCCCGGAUCCCAAGGGGGUAAUGACGUAAUGCGCCCCAAGGAGCAUCUUGGGAAACUAACAUGUCGGUUCAGGGUUCAAUAUAGCCUGUUACUUGCUUCCUUCCUCUAGUUCCACAAUGUGAAUUUAUUACUAACAGCAAACGUGCAAUAGCUAUGCAAAGUGCCGUGGUUUAUGGCCGAUUGUUAGCUUCUCAUGCGCGACAAUUAGUGGCGCCUUUGCUGAAACGACAGACUAACUCUACGGAUCUUCGACUCAUCACGGCUUAUUGUGGUUUUUCAAAGGAUUUCAAUCCGGCGAAGAACAAGUUCGUAUUUGGAGAAGAUGCAUGUUUUCUAGCCAAAACUAAAACUUCCGAUGUCUUAGGUAAGUUACUUUUUGAAAACGGUUGAACGGUUUAGUGUUGUUCUUGAAUGGCUGUUACGUAUAGAUAUUUUAGUUUGUGCCGGGCUCGAAUUGUAAACUCGUUUUCCUCUUGUAAACAAAUAUUGCAGCACGCGGUUUAGUCUCAUGAACGGUGGAAAAUGAAGAUUUGUUGUUUUAAGUCAACCUUUUUCAGCGUUCUUUCAGACUCUUACGAUAGUAUUGGAUGUUCCAGCGAACGGGGAUGUGUUAUAUUUGAUAACAUUUAUUUUUAAAAGGUUUACCCAUGUGGUUAUUGGGACUUGUUUUCAAUAGAAGACGAAUUACAUUUCGUAUGUUCACGCAGUGCAUUCGAUCUCCCGUUGAUGUUCCCAGAUUUAAAGUAUUUAAAUUAUUUUACAGCCACAAUAGAGUUCAGAAAGUGUGCUUCUACAAUAUCUUUAGAAGAAACUACCGAGAGUCAUUUUAGGAUGCAACCAAAUCCGCUAACUGCAAACAUGUAUCACAGGGUUGUUUGCUUUUAUAGAAUUCGUUUUAUUUUUUCCUGGAUUUUUUUUUUGAACGAUGUUUUAAUCUGAAAAGCUGUUUUCAUGAAAAUGCAAUAUUUGUAUUUUAUAUUCCUCUUUCAGAAAGGCAAUAAGAAUUACUAUUAAACUGAAGUGCUUAUUGCAUAUUGCUUUUAAUUUACAAGAUCUCCUUGCUGUAUCGUUUUAAGUUUAACUACAGUUGGUUCAUUGGAGCUCUUACAUUUUACAAAGAAUUCGAUAAUUGCCAUUUUCUUUUUAACUUUCCCUUGUGCAUUCCCUUUUUUCCUGACCCUGUCUGUAUCUCGUGAUUCUCUCUGAUGAAGAUACAUCUGAUAUUGUUCCUCUGAAUGUUAUGAAUUUAUAUUAUACUUUCAUUUGAUUAAUUAGCCCUGUCUUUUAUUGACUUGGUGGGCUGAUUGGUUGCCCUUGUACAGACCCUGUUAAAUUGUUUUAUUAACUGCCUUAGACAUUUCCAUCUUCAUUUACAGUACAACUGUAGUCUUUCUAGUAUAGAAGCUGUCACAGCCCAUACACCCUUUUUAGUUGUCUAUUUUUCUGUCAGGAGCUCAUUUCUCUAUUUCAAGGCCAGAAGUAACAGUUGGUAAUUGGACAAUGCAAUGGCUGCAAAAUUUUUCGUAUGUGUAAUGAAAUCCCCACCAAAGUUGGACAUUAUGGCUAGCUUUUAAAUCAUGAUUGGAUAUUUCAUUUUGAAGGUGAUUAAAUUUGCCUUGAGGAAGUAACCAGUUCACUGAUAAAUACAUUUUUGUUAUGUGCUCCUUUUCUGUAAUUACAAAUCACAGGUAUUAAAAAUGAGCAAAUAACAUAAGUGACAUAAUGGGAUGUUCUACCACAUUUCUUAUCUGACCUUGCAAGAAAACAUCAUAUUAUUUAUCACAGCCCUGCUGUUUCCCAUUUUUUACUUCCUUUUUUGUAUGAAAUUGUAUUGGGUAGUCCUUUGGCAAAUAUCAUGAAAAAAAAGAUAUUGUGUAGGGUGUAGUUUUAAGUUUGUCAAACUUUUAUUGGAUAUACCAGAAACAGUGUCAAGCAUACAUUAUGGCAACUUUUAAUUUCCUCAGGUAUGAAAAUCUUGAGCUUUAAGAUAAUCACAGUCUUUUGGUUUUUAUUUAUCCGGUAUUUUACUGACAGGUAAAAUUUGUCAUUCUGUAUUUUAAUCAGAUGACCUUAGUACUUUUAUUUGCAGCUACAUACAUUUUUACAUGUUGAAAAAAUAUACCAUGUUUACCAUGUACAGAAAAAUGGUUAAACCCUAAAUUUGCAAACUUGUAAACAAAAAUUUACACAGAUUUUAUAAGUCGUCCAAGAUAUUGGAAUUGUUGCAAAAUAAUAUAUUGCCCAAUUCCUUCAUUGAAUUAAAAGAUAAAAUGCUGCAAGGUACAUUCCUGUAUUUAUCCCUUUUUCUUCCCGGAUGUAGUUUUAGCAGCUUGUUUUGAUUAGAUCGAUAUAAAUGCUUUCAUAAGCAUUUUACUAGCCCUGUUUAAUGAGUUUUUCCAUGGGGUGCCUGUGGCACACCCCAGUAAAAAUCCGGUUUGGUUUGUUUUUCAUUGCAUUAUUUGUACGAACAAAUUGGAAAACCAGCCAAUAGAUUGCAUAAAAUCUUGAUCGAUUAUUUCUUCUUCCAAGCCAUCCAAUGAGAUUGUUACAAAAUCUUUAUCGAUUUUUAAUCAACUUGCCUCCUCUGAAGAAUAUUUCAGGAUGUUCCUUGCCAAAUUUGUCACUUGUCGUGUUUAGGAUGGCUUUUUAACCAGUGAAAUCCUUUGGGACACUGGCAAGUCACGGGAGGGGACCUAGGCCAAUUUAAUUCUCUUUAUUUCGGGUUUUUUCCCUCCAUGAUUCUUUUUGGUUUGGUCUAGCUUUUUCUGAAGGUUUUAGUAGCGUCUAGUUGGGGGGAUGUGAUUUUGGAUAGAAUUUUCUAGUCGGAGUUGGCCAGUUUUUACCGAGCAGAGCUAGAGUUUAGUUUUUUCUUUUGUUAUCGAAAACACCUUGAUGAUGGGGAGUUAAAUCACGUAAAUUUCGAUUUGUACCCUUGACCAUUGGCAGUGAAAUCGCAAAAAUAUUGUCCUCGUCGAUUGAUGACUCGCUUUUGACAUGGAUUGGAUUUUCUGGAUGGCACACAGUUCCAGACCUUAGUGACCUUAUUAUACCUUGGAAUCAUGGAUAACCAUUGGAACUGUGUUAACUUUGAGACCUUAGAAACACAUUGCAAUUAACUUUUUAACCAGAUCAAGAGCGUCUUGGAAUAUUAUACUUUUAUCUUGGAUUAAAACAUUGGAACUUUAUUGAACUUUGUAACCUUAGAUAGAGCAAGCGAAUGUUUUGUUAAAUGUUUAUUGUUCCAUUAACCUUAAACUGCAAUGUUUAUUUCUCUUUGAAAAAAAAUACCUGUGGCAACUUACUACCAAGGUAUGAUGUAUCUUUAUACAUAUAGUUCCUGUCUAGGUUAAUAAAAGCAUUGUGUUCUCCAUUGCUUGUUUCCAUGAACAUUCCAAUUUUUAAAGUUACAAGGGUAAACCUUGUUUUGAUGCAAAAUAACUUCACUUUCCUAUCCAAAUCGUGCUAUGAAAAUAACUACGUGGUGAUAGAUUAAAACAAGAUCAAAUCCAUCCUUGCAACCACUGAAAACCCAUACAGGUAACCUACUCAGCGUGCAAAGAAAGUAGUAUCUGAUAGCUCAGGGCUAGUGGAUUUUGCUAUUGGGUAAGUGAAUUCUGUUUUUAACUUGCCCGAUGGGCAAGAGAUGUUUGUUGAGGUAUUCGAGUAACAGAAAAACUGUGAAAUCAAUUCUGCUCAUCAAAAAGCAUUAGGGCUAGUUGAAAUGACAUCUGGGCUAGUUAAUGCUACAGUAGCUUCAGCUUGCCCGAAUGGCAAGCUGUAAAAAUGAUUUUCUUUGCACCCUGCUACUCGUCGAUACUCGUAACAUGACACAUAUUUCCAAUUUCCCUAAUUUUUCCAAAUUCAGAUAGAACGCCACUAUGCUUCCAUAGACCAAUGCAUCCCAUGGGAACGACGUUAGGCAUCUUGUUAAAAUUUAUAUAUUUCUCUGUUUAUUUGGUUUUGAGUCACUUUUUAUUACUAAAAAUCAAUGCUUUACUUUCCUAUAUCUAUCAUAUAGGACUUUUUUUUGCCUGUGGAGGGGAAGUUUAAUAGUAAAUGUUGUCAAGGAUAAACUGUUUCAACUAAUUUUGCCUAUUGUACCUCUGAUUGGUAGAUAAUUCAACGAACUAUUUCAGAUGCAUUACCCUCAUUUUAUACUGAAAAACGGACAAGCAUUUCUAGGAAGAUUAAAAUCUUUGUGAAGUUAGUUAUUUUAAUGUUGCAUCCACCUACUGUUCAAAUUACCACAAAGUCGACAGUUGAAGAAUUGAGAAUUCAAAUCAUGUCACCUUUCAGAAAUCAAGUUUUAAGAAUUAUUGGAUUAUUGAGACAUGAAACAUUAAAGGGGAAAGAUGUGGUAAAGUUUAAGAUUUCAGAAUUCGUGCGAGAACUUUCCAUUUCUCAUUCUGUCCCUUGGUUUUUGUCAGAGUAUUCCAUUUUUCUCUUCUUCUCAAAAGCAACCAGCCUUUCCAAAUUCCAAUCCAGUCUGGAAUGUUAGACAAAGAAUAAAGUUGAGGAUGUGGUACCACCGCAUCAUCAUUUAUUUAUUUAUUGUAUUAAUCAGGUGUUGCAGAUGGAGUUGGAGGUUGGCGACACUAUGGCAUUGAUUCCUCACUUUUCUCUAGUGCAUUAAUGGAAAGUUGUAAAAGAUUUGUGUUGGAGGGCGGUCUUGAGACGCCAUCUCCGGUCAGUAUAAUUAAAGCAGGAUUCCAAGAGCUUGCUGAACAUAAGGAGCCUUUGUUUGGUAGGUGAUUUAAUAACUUUGUCACGUAUCGUAUAAACUGACUACCGUACGAUGUACUACAGGGCUCACACAGUCUUCAAAAGUCCUUUAAAGUCCUUGAUUAUUCCAUUUUUCCUUGAAAUGUCCUUAAAUUUCUAUGCAAGUCCUUGAAUUUUUUUCAACUUUGAAUGUAGUGGCCUGGAAAGUGUUUUUUUAAUGCUUUUUGGUUGUCCAUAGCUCAGAGAAUUUAAAAGUUAUUUACACAAAGUGCUCAAUGUUUUUGGCAAUAAUUACAGUCAAAACAGGUCAAGCAUACUCCCCAAGAUUCUAUUAAUGAAUUGAUUAUUUGAAAAUGAAUCUGUUAGUCGUUCCCAUAAUCAGUGUCAAAUUCAAAUCAGAAUUACUGCAUGCGUAAUUAGCAGUGAAUAGUUUACGAGAACUUGUCUGUAUUUGGUCAGAUUGAAAAUCUCUGAAUGAAUCAAAAUUCUUAGAAGACAUUUACAUCAAAUUCAGGGAAACUGAGUGGUUAGAAAUUUUGUAACUGAGUCGCGUGUGAAUUCACGGCUCAUUAUGCAUUCAAGAAUGUAGGGAUGAAUCUGAAAUCUACAACUGCGAAUGGACUCAACUUUCGAAUGAUAAAUUCAUUAAUGGAAUUUUAAGGGGUACGCUUGACCUGGCUUGACUGUAAUAUUAAUUUUGGUUUCCGGUUCUAAUAAUAUGUAAUACUAUAAGGAACUGAUGAUAAUAUUUUGGUGAUAUAGGUAGUAGCACAGCUUGUAUUAUGGUACUUGACAAAAAAAGCCAGACGCUUCACUCUGCUAACCUGGGUGAUUCGGGAUUUUUGGUGAUUCGUCAAGGUUCAGUGGUACAUCACUCAUCUGAACAGCAGCAUUAUUUCAAUACUCCGUAUCAGUUAGCACUUCCACCUCCAGGACAGGCUGGUACCGUUAUACAGGACAGGUGACUGCAUACCUUGCUCAAUAACCUGUUUCCUCAUUUCAUUUUAAUUAUACUGUAGGGAGAUUAAUAAGCGACAACAACGAUGACUAGAAUAACAGCGUCAAAAAACAAUAAUUGGUUUUAUGAGCAAAACAACAGCUCUGCAUGUGCAGUGUGCUUUUUAGUUCAUUUCUUUCAUGUUCACUGCAGGAGUAUGACGUGAAACCUUCUGAUGCAACAUUUUAUGACAACAAUUUUUCCUUUUUCUUUUUGAACCUGGAUAAAGUCCUUAAGAAUUCAACUCCAGGAAAAAUCCCUUGCAUUUGAAAGAUUAAGCAGAUCCAAAUAGAUUCAUUAAGGUCUGAAAGGACAUUAUUUAUAUUUUUAGCGAGAUUUUCACUGCUGCCAUAAUGGCCAUUAGCAAAGAUUCGUAUUGUCUCUUUUAGUUGGUACAGCAGUGCAGUAACACUUACCAAUAAAAUUACUAUUUUUUUGUACAAGGUUAGUGUAAAAGCUGACCGUUGUCAUGAACAAACCUGAAGAUUUAGAGUGGAAAUCUUGACAGCACUAUACUCCUCCAAUGUUCAUUCCUGUGUCAUUAUUUGGAUAUCCAUGAUAAAAUUAAAAUGUGCUAUUUAUUCCUGAAGUUCUUUUCUGACAACAUGGUCAUAAAAUUAAUGCACAGAGCAAACAACAACAACUUCAUUUCUACUGUAGACAGGCAACUAAAAGAAUUCACAAGAAUUAAUUUUAAUUAGUACUAACAAUGGCAGUGCAUGCAGUAGUUGGACACCCAAUAUUUAACAAUUAUUCCUCGAGUCCGAAUGGGCUCUGAAUCAAUAGCCCAUGAGGCCUAUUGACUCAGAAGCCAUGAGGGCGAGAGGAAUAACUAUUGUUUUAGUAAAAUCCAACUAGUUGGUAAAAAAUAUCGAGACAAAACAACUUAAGCUAGCAAAACGCGAUUCAGCCGCCAUUGUUUUGGUUUUCAAAGCCGGCGCUUUUCGGUACUGGUGGGCUAUAACAAAUAAAUAGCGUAGUAGUAGCUCAACCAAUCACAACACAGCAUUGAUAAUAGACCACUAGUUGGAUAUUACCAAUAGAAAAUAUCUGUAAAGCUAAACUAUCAUAGUUGGGUGACCAUCGUAAUAAAUAAUAUAUUUAUAAUAACUGUAAAUGUGCAAAGUCAAGAAAGAUCGAGGCUUAACAAAUCUACAUUGAUAUUGUAUAAAUGUUAAAUAUUAUAAUGAAAUAGGUACAAAAGUAAAUAUACACAACAAAGUGACAGGAUUGAAUAGGUGCAUUGUAAAAUAACAGUCAUGAUUUUUGUUUGUGUGUGUGUGUGUUUUUUUCUUUGCAGUUUGGAUGAAGCAGAGAGUACAUCAUUUAGUGUGGAGCCAGGGGAUUUGAUUGUGUUAGCUACUGAUGGCCUGUUUGAUAAUGUUUCCACUGAACAAAUACUCAAAGAAUUAUCACAACUUGAGGUAGAAAUUUAUUAUACCUGAUUAAUUAAUUUAUUGAUUAAUCAUGCAUGUAAGUAUUAUUGAUUGAUUUGGGGUAAAGUGUGCGAGUUCUUGUUCCUGCAACUUUUUAUACAUGUAUUUACACCCUGGAAACACAGCACAGAAAAACGGAUAUUAAUAUUAAAUAGUCAUUUUCUUUUCUUCCUUUCAGGAUCACAGCACAGAGAGCAUACAAAAUGUCACUGAUUCACUAGCACAUUUAGCAAGGACUCAUUCAUUUGAUCCUAAUUUUUCCUCUCCAUUCUCUGAACAAGCCAGAUGUGAAGGUUUUAACAUUACAGGUGGAAAGCCUGAUGACAUCACCAUCCUUAUAGCAGUAGUAUCUGAUAUGGCAGCAGAUGAUUUAGACACUUGAAAGUGAAAGAAUUAGUGAGAGGCUACUGACUCACAUCAUGGCAUUGGUGUCUGUAUUACGACAGCACAGAAAGUUAUUCCACCUUAAUGCCGACUGAUAUCCUGUCUCUUGGUACUUCCCACAUAAAAACUUCCUUAUCAUUCAACAUCUCAUCGACUUUGCGAGUUUGCAAACGGUUGUUAUUUUAAAGAACAAGAAUCCAUCAACACAUUCCGAGGUCCAAAUUUUAUUCCCCAAGAGAGAUAGCUGGACAGUGACUUAUUAACCUUUUCUAUGUCAUGAUAAUUAUUUGAAUAAUAGUUAAUUGGUGUAUGAAUCUCCGUAAUCAGUGGGUGUAAAAUGAAACUCCAAAUUUCUUUUACUUAUUUUGGUGAGAGUUUCUUCGGCUCAUUAUUUUCUGUACAUUGCAUAUCACUUUUCAAUGUUUUAAUGGAUGGCCAGUACCUCUCACUGCAAAUCUUUUGAUUUAAUUUUGGUUUUAAAGGUCUCCAGAGCUCCCCGAAAAGCCUCAUUCAUCAUCUCUUUAACAUACUCUGUGGUUUUCACAACUGAUAAUUUUUGCAAUAAUAUUGCCAGACAAAAACUGCAGGCAGUAUGCUAACUGGCUAAAAAAUAAAAUAGAAUUCAGAAGUGCCCUACCACUCUUUUGGGCCAGGGGCAGGGAGUGAUUGAUUUUUCCAAAUAGCACGGGUAAUCAAGCCUAUGUACACUGUUGACUUUCUCAUGUUAUGUCAUCUUAUAAUAUUAUUGUAUGAUUCAAUUCAAUUCAAUUGCCCAUAACCAGUUGGAACAUGGGCUUGUUUCAUUUUAAAGAGUAACAUCCAAAAAUGACUCAUUCCACCCUCCAACAAUGCACAGCUCGCCUUUUUUCAUUUUUUUGAGAAGCUUUUCUUCUCUUAAAGUUACAACAGGAAAGCUUCUUGUUUAUAGCAUUUUGGUAUCAUAGUGGGCCUUCACAAAAAGGUCAUUUUUUUACUAACCAUAAACGUAUCUAAAUUCCUUUUUGUCCCUUAAAGUGAGGACCGGCAACAGUCUAAAAAGGCCAUAAUGAUUGUCCCUUGUUGUCAUCAAGACAACUCGAAUUAGUUAAUUGAAGCAAUUUGAUAUGUUAAUGUAUAAUUUAAUGAGGUUCCACAUUUGGCCUUGCUCCAAAUGUUUGUUAUAGCCACAAGAAUCACUCCAGUGCUAAUUGUUGAGUUGUAAAGCUUUUUCUGCUAAAUGAUACAUUAACUUAAAAUAACCGUUUUGACUUUAUUACCAAAGACUUAAGAGUUUUUGGUUAAAAGGAAUCUGCUAGAGAACAAUGCUGAAUUUUGUAUAUAAUUUAUUAUACGUUCUCAUAAGACCAUGUUUUGUAUAAAAUCAUGUGAUCCUUAAAAAUGGAUGAUGUUAUUUAAUUUAAUUUCUUUUUUGCCCCUAUUUUCUGUCUGUAAAUAAGAGUAAUAGUUCACCUAGUACUGUAAAUUAAAACAACUUGUUUCAAGGGUAUUGGCUGCUUCUGUCCAUCCCCUGGAGAGAGAAACAAAACAGGGGGACUGGAAGAGAGAAGCCUUUGCACAGCAGCUCCCUCGCCUCAAACAAAGUUUGAUCAGAGGAGGAUGCUGUACAUAGGCUAGAAGAGAGAUACCCUGAGGGAUAGGUUGAUUUUGAUGAUUCUUUGUUCAUCGAACUCUGACAGUGCGCCUGGAGUUAAAUUGCAUGUUUUAAUAAAAGUUAACAUUUUGUCAGUAAUACAUUAUAG